AUGGCCGAAUCCACUGAAAUCGACUACACUCUCAACAACCCAGAUACCCUCACCAAGUACAAGACUGCCGCCCAGAUCUCUCACAAAGUCCUCGAGGCUGUCACAGGAUGGUGUGUUGAGGGCGCAAAGAUCAUAGAUCUGUGCGAGAAGGGUGACAAACUCCUGGAGGAGGAAGUGGGAAAGGUCUAUAAAGGCAAAAAGGUUCCAAAAGGCACGUCUGCUUUGAUAUUAUGCUGCUUGCUACUUGCUAAUACCUCACUAGGCAUUUCUCAUCCUACCACUGUGUCUCCAAGCUCCUUUGUGACCCCCUAUACCCCGCUGUUAUCAGACACAGAAGAAGCCGCAACGACCUUGAAAGCAGGCGAAGUUGUUAAAGUUCAACUGGGAGCCCAGAUUGACGGUUUCGGGACUAUUGUCUGUGAUACAAUCAUUGCGCCGCCUGCCGAUGGAUCAAAGGACAAGAUUACAGGUCGCGAGGCGGACUUGCUCCUAGCCACAUACUACGCCAAUGAGCUGCUCUUAAGACUCAUGGUUCCCCCAGGCCUCCUUGCCACUGGUACUGAUGAGGAAAAGCUGAAAGCUGCAGCUGAAAAGCCCCCCACACAAACAAAAAUCUCUGCCUUGUUAGAAAAGGUUGCAAAGAGUUACGACUGUUCUGUGGUAGAGAAUACUACCACAUGGUUAUUCGAACAUAAUGAAAUCGAAGGGAAAAAGAAGAUCAUAGUGGCUCCAGGCACGGGAGUCAAGGGAGAAGGUGCCCCUGAAGUAUCUGAGGUGUGGGGGGUGGAAGUAGGCCUUAGUCUUGGGUCUGGAAAGGUCAAGACACUUGAGAACAGAGCCACACUGCACCGACGUACCACCACAACGUAUAUCCUGAAACGGCCCAGCUCCAGACAAACCCUCUCUGAGAUUGUCAGAAAGUUCGGUACUUUCCCCUUCAGUCUCCGUCAGCUUGAAGAUGAGAAGGCAGGUAAAGUUGGAGUGGUCGAAUGUGUUCGGGGCGGCGUUGUUCGCCAAUACGAGCCCGCUGGGGAGGCGGAUGGCGCUCCAGUCUCUAGACUGCUUUCUACUGUUGCUAUACUCAAAAAUGGCUUGACAAGGCUAGCAGCUCCUCCGGCGCUUGAUCUGACCAAAAUUGAAUCUGAUAAGAAAAUCACGGAUGAGGAGAUCUUGAAGAUUCUCGAGAAGCCACUUGCUAGGUCCACAGGUGCCAAAGGAAAGAACAAGAAGAAGAAGAAGAAGCCCGCCAAGAAGGCUGUUGAGGACGAGGAAAGUUCAAGCGAGGAGGAGUAG